AUGACGUUCAACAUCGAUCACCAGGCCGUUAAGUACUGCAACUUAGCAGUGGACGUUGAACAGUUUUCCACUAGGAGUCUAGAAGAUUACAGCAUCGUUAAUAGGAAACGAUUGGAUAGAAUCGUUAGCAAUUCCGAAAGACGCUUGACAGAAGACGAACAUCGUUGGUUAAUUGAGCGGGACUGUAAAAGAGUGAUUUCAGACAUAAACAAGUAUGCGCGCAGGAAAAAAUCGAGACACGUCCGAGGAAUAUCGUCGACUGACGAUCGGCGCGUACCACAGCAACAGGACGACGACGAAUUUCAAAGUAAAAGAUCGGAGGCCGUCAAUGGCGUUUUCAAUAUCUGCCACAACUUGUCAAUAUCUGAUGCAAGAGUCGGCACGGUUGUCAAUAAUUUCACAGUCAUCAACGUACAACAUUUGAACGUUAACAUCGUGAACAAUCAUAUCAAUUACCAUAAAAAUGAUUGCGAUAAUGGCGGCGUUGAACCGGCCAAGAUAUUCGAGUACAACUCGGACGACGACAGAGCUGAUCGUACGACUACUGCAGAUCGCCGCUGUCUCGAAAUGGCGGCGGGCGAGAAAAAGAGGAUACAGAGGAUUUACUGGGACAGGUGGCGGAAUUACGUGGCAAAGUCGAAAGGGUCCCGGGUGACGAACGAUAAAGUCGACAUGUUUUUGUCGAAAAUCCAAGAGAAAUUGGACAUGGAUGACAAUCGUCGGCGGAAAAAUAAAACGCCCGGCAACAAUAAUAAUAGACAGACUUGCGGGUGGAACCGCUCGGCGCCGCCGCCGACGAAGCGGAGCGUCAGCAAUGGCGAUCGUCAGCAGGCGAAAAUCGACGAACAGAAAAAAUUGCUCGACAAACAGCGGAAGGAAAUCGAAAGCCUGAGGGUGCAACAGUUGAAAUUGGAAUCCGAGAAGGCGUUGCUCGAGAACCAGAGGCUAUUGCGAGACCUGCACGCCGGUGGGUGCGAGAGGAGGUUGAAAACUAGAAACGCGCUAAAGGUGCAACAGCAGAGCACCGCUGUGGCUAGUCCGUCCGACAUAUUGAACCGGAUGGAAUUGCGGGCACUGGAACGCCGGGCCAAGUGGGAGGCGAUCAAGGAGAGGCGAAGGAAGGCGGAACAGGAAGAGUUCCGGAAAAAACAAGAGCUGGAGGAGAAGUGCAUGAGGGAACGGAUGGAACAGAAACGUGAGCGGUUGUUCGAGGCCAGGGAAAACCUGAGACUGAGGGCGAUCGAAGACAGCAGACGAAAAGCGGAAAGGGAAGUGCGGAGGGAGAACAUUAGGAUCGCGGACGAUUUAUACCGUAAACUGUUGAUGAGGAGAGGACUCGAAGCGUUCAGAGCGAACUUAAACUGUGCCAGGUGGCGGGCAGAAGAGGCUUCGGAUCACUACGACAGACAACUGGUCGGCACUUGCUUCAGCAAAUGGCGGUUUUACGUCAACAAUAGUUUGAACGAGAAAAUUCUUUUUGCAGAACAGUUUUACAAGCGGAAAUUGUUGAAGACCACAUUUGUAGGGUUUUACGAGAUUUUAAAAGAAAGGAAAAGAAAACAACAAGUGGCAGAGGAUUGGCGAAAUUUUAAGAUGGAAGAAUAUUGGUUUAAAAUAUGGCUCGACUAUGUUAGGGAAAUUAGAGUUCAAACACAAAAAAAAAUGUUGAAAGCAGAAUCUUAUCAUAACAAGAUAUUACUGAGGUGUUGUUUCGAAAAUUGGAGAAAGUUUCCAGAAAUAAUAUACAAGGAAAGGCUCAAAGACUGUAGACUACGUUUGUGGCAUGAAAAGGUUCAAGAAAUUUUACCAGACUUUAUUCCUCCAACAUUUGAAUUAUAA